AUGGCGAAAGUACAAAUCGCAGGGGAAUCAGACGGUGUAGACCAGGUCGUCCAGGUCGUGAUCAUCAGUCAGCAGAUCUUCAUAUACGAGCUUGAACAGAAGGACGGGGAUGACGACGAUGAUGACAGUGGUGAUGAUGAUGAUGAUGAUGACGACACGAGAGAUAUGAGACCAUGUGCUCCAUUACCCCAUAUUAAUUACCGCCUUAAUUCUCUUGACCAGGCCAGCGGAUGGCCUGUGGGGAUUCUGGGUGGGCGGGUCGCUGGCGGGUCACGCGAAAGUCGCCCGUCACCGCCACACCACCACGCCGCUGCCUGGCCGGUGCCUCUACCGCCAAAACAGCCACCAGCUCGAUCAUCUAUCCCCCUUUUAUGGACCCUUGGAAGUCGGCAGCAGCCCGUUAAAGAGUCUGAACCAGUUACUCCAAAAUUAGAGCUACUGGAUGAGCUGCUGAAUUCCUCUGUCCUUGAUAACAAAAAAUUCAUGGAACAGCGGACAGCCAGGGCCCUGCCACCUGUCGGCCGAUUCGGCGCCUGGGCCAUCCUUGCGCAAUCCCCAUUUGUGCUUGGCCACAAAAUCCAGUGGUUCAAUGUUCCUCAGAUCCUAGAAAUUGAGAAAAGCCGUGUUCAUUCUUCAUGUUAUGACAACUAUCCCUGUCUCUCUGCCUUUUCUUCUUCCAACUUCUUCACCUUCAUCGUCGUCCUCGUCCUCUCCCACGACUCGACUCCAUCGAAUCAACUGACUCAAAACUCUAAUACACCCCGUACCUUGAUCCUAGUUCGAACACAUGAUCCGAAAUCUUCAGUCAGGCACAAGCAAGAUUGCUAUCAGCUGACAAAAUCCCCUCCAGAGGACCAGAGCGUCCUGGUUGGAUGGUCACGGAGCAAUCUGAAACGAGUUCGUCGCCUCUCCUCUUCCCCCUUUUUCAAUGUCUCAUAA